AUGGCCUCAGCUCUUGCUAUCGGGACUGGUAUCGCUGUCGCUGCAUUCCUUGGCCGUGCUGGCCUCGUCGCGUGGCGGCGCUCGCGUGGCGGCGUCGGUGCCCUUGGUAAGGCCUUCUACAAGGGCGGCUUCGAGCCGCGCAUGACGAAGCGCGAGGCCUCGUUGAUCUUAUCUCUCAACGAGCGCGCCGUCACCAAAGAGAAGAUCCGCAAGGCCCACCGCACGCUCAUGCUGCUGAACCACCCGGACCGUGGCGGUAGCCCCUACCUCGCCACUAAAGUCAACGAGGCCAAGGAGCUGCUCGAGAAGAGCACAGGCGCAGGUGGUAACGGUCCGGCGUAG